GAGGAUCGUGUCAUUGACAUUGAAAUUCCAUUCGGAUGUGAGAAAUACAUCGAUAACUUGCACAAGCAAUACCUCGUCGAUCCUGUGUUGCUUCUCAUCACUGAUCCCUCUGCAUGUCCAUUGUUAUCAGACGUCGCGCUCAUCUGCAACCUUAAAGAUCACGCCGACAUCAACCCCUCGAUUGUACUGACAGGAACGCAUUUAGAGAUGAUCGAGAGAUUG